UGGCCGCCAGCACACCGGAUUCCUUCGCAUUGUACACGUACCUCACCGCCUAGCCCAAAGAGUAGACCUCGACGCUCGACACACUGCACGAUAUUUCCUAGUACUUUUCCGGCCUUGCUCCAUGUCGCUGCUCAUCAUGUCCACCGAUACGCCCUCUGCGCUGGAUAGGCUGUCGCCGUCGUGGAUCCGCCGCCCACUCUCGCGGCGGUCGACAUCGCCACACAAAGAAUCAGCACCGGUAACCGCAAACGGCUUCCUGGCGCCAGAACCAGUCCGGUGCAACAGCGACGAGUCUCGCUCCACAGGCACCACUAGCCCAUCGAGCCGCCGCGGCUCCGUCCGCGAGAUAGUCAACAGGCUGCGCUCGUCGUCCAAUGCCAGUCAGGUCAGCAACAGGUCGCAAGACGUCGACCUGAGCGAGGUGGAAAACUGGUUCUAUGGCUUCCGAAGGUACAACCAGCUCGUGUGCAACAGCAUAUCGCUCAACCAAGCAUACGCAUCCAAGGAAUUCGCAAAAGCAACAAAAACCCUGACCAAAAACUGCGGCGGCCAAUUCCUCCACGGCCUCCCCGAGGCCGUAUUCGACUACUCACUUCUCUGGUGUCCCGCGGGCCCCUUGACCAGGAAAGCCUCGGACGAGCCCUCAUGGAGCUGGUCUGCCUACCACGGCCGCGUCAACUUCCCCUUUGACCCGACCAGCUGCCCGGACAUUUACAAAAUCCCGCGCAGCGAGGGCGAGUGGUUCCGCUCCGAAGUCGUCAACUACCACAUUGGCCCCAGCACAGCGGAAUACACAGUGCGCCGCGAAAAGAGCCCAGCGCUGCGCAUCAAGUACCCCCCGUACUUCCACGCGCCGCGCGGCGCCGACCACAAGACGCAAUCCAACACGCUGCGCUUCACAGCCUCGACCAUUUCCGCCGACGGCUUCAGCGCCGAGCAGCUCAACCACAACGGCAGAGACAUCCCCUGCUCGCACCUCAUCAACGAAGACGACACCCACUGCGGCGUCAUCAUGGACUACGAAUCCGCAAUCUCACAGCCUUCCUCGACAGGCCCCUAUGAAUUCAUCCUGCUCUCCCGCAACCUCUGGUGCAGACCCAACCCCGAAAACAGGAAGCCACAUCUCAACACCAUGCACCCGCCCGGCACACCCAUCUGGGCUGCCGACGACGCACAGUUCCUCUGGGACCAGGAAAUCCAUGAUUUCGCCGCGGAUGUGUUUGCGCCCGGCCCGUGGAAAAUGCUCAAUGUCAUGCUUAUCAAGUGGGUCGGCGACCAUGCUGAGCGCGUGGCUAUCGCGAGGAUACAUGAGGAUGCGUGGCUGCAGCGGAAUCCCGUCAAGAGGGAUAUUAUCUUGAUGUAGCCAUGGCUAUUAUUGUUAUUAUUGUCUUGGUCAUGGUGGAACUUGAAUAUGAUAUACCCAGCAGUGUACUAUGCAGUUUCUUUGUUUCUUUUUCUUGUUGAGAGAGCAUUUUCUUUUUUGUUCAAGGCAUAUGCGUUAUGACGCGCACCUCUUCUCUGUGUUGUGUUAGUAGGAUUUCUUUUCUUAUUGCCUUUUUUGUACUCAGCAAUGAGACUAUAGUUAAU